AUGGAUAAUGAAAUACUCAGUCAAGAACACCAAGGUGAUACAAAUACUUUAGAAGUUGUUUAUUUAAGAUUGCAACAAGAGAUACCUGAAGGUUCUUAUUUAAAAACUGAUUUUAAAAGUUGGAUAGAAGAUAAGAAAAGAGUUGACAUAAAUAUUGAAAGCAGUUUAGAUGAAAAUGAAGAGUAUACAAUCAAUGGUAACAAUGACAAAGAAAGUACUCAGUUCAUCACCUUUCAAAGAGCAAUGAAAGUAAUACUUACAUAUGGACAGUGUGUGGGUUUGAACCCAGUCACAGCAAUAUUGAAUCACGAUAUAACAAAAAUAAGAUUCAAACUGUACUCAUGGAGAUUUUUAUAUACGGCACUAAUAGCGAUUUUCCAAACACUUGCAGCAAGCGUCACCUUGUAUAAGCUUUUCACUUCAGCUUUGUCGAUACGAUCACUCGUGGAACUAAUAUUUUUCUUCACAUGGAAAGCAUCGGAAGUACUUGAAUGUUCUGUAUUGGAUUAUCAUACGUUUGAGAAAAUCGUUGAUAAUAUGUUCCCAGCGUUCUUUGAAAUCGGUGUUCCUUACAAUAUACUGACCGCCACAUUGUUACAGAAUUUUCUAUCUCCAUCUAUUUGGGGCACUCUUCGAGAGGACUACAACCGAGCAACUCGUCUCAUCAGACGGUUUGACGACGUGUUCAGUGGUCUCGUACUUUUGUCUUUUGCUAUCAAUCUUUUCUGGAUCUGUUUACAGAUAUUUAAUAUAUUAGAAAACGGUAUAAAGCCAAAACCUAAAAGUUUGGAAAUGUGUCCUCAUUAUAGCAAUCCGCCCUUCCAUGGUUACGAGCAUUCAAUUUUCACAUUGUCAUCCUUGACAUUCUUGGUAGCGAGAUUUACGACUAUGUGUCUCUCAGCAGCUAGCGUGAACGUCGCCUCUUUGCUGCCGGCUUCGGUUCUUUAUAAAGUCCCCUCCUGUUCUUAUUCAAUUGAGAUGGCAGGUACUAUACUAACUUAUGAGCUGGUGCUUCUGCAGUUAAGUGGUGAAGAACUUGACGAUUCUUAA